CCCCCUCUUUGGAGACAAGAUGCCUCUGGCUGUCAGCGAUGGGCUGGGAGCGAGGCCCAGAAGGCGGGGUUAGCCCCGAGGGGUCGGGGCCAUAAAUAAGAGGGUCGCGUGUCAGGGAGAUAAACAUGAGGGGGUGCUGGGCCUGAACAGAGUCACCAGGGGCUGUUCGGAGCCGAGGGAGGCGGAGCGCCAGUGUCAAGGCCAUCGCCAGAGUCGGAGUGGCAUCGGUAUCGGCAGCGCUAGCGAGGGCAUAGGCAGUGCCAGCGCCAGCGCCCUCACCAGCCGAGUCCUCGUCCAGCCUCAGCCCGAGAGCACUCGUUCCGUCCCGUCGGUGCCCUCCACCGGAGGGCAGCGGGACCAGGAGGGGCGCUCGCCUCUGCCCGGCGCGGCACGGCCUGGGGUGCGCUCCCGGGCAGGGGGGCGCUGCCAGCAUGCCUGCCUCCCUCCGUGCCUGGUGGCUGUCCGGGUUGCUACUGGGGCUCAGCCUACAGCUCCGGGCCCGGGUGGAGGCGUGCAGCUGCGCCCCCGCGCACCCCCAGCAGCUGCUCUGUUCCUCGGCCAUAGUGAUCCGGGCCAAAGUGUAUGGUGAAAAAGUGGUCCCAGCCAGUGAGGACCCAGCUGACACCCAGAAAAUGAUCCAAUAUGAAAUCAAACAGAUAAAGAUGUUUAAAGGGUUCGAUAAGGUGAAGGACGUUCAGUAUGUCUACACACCAUUAGACUCCUCUCUGUGUGGGGUCAGGCUAGAAGCCAAUAAGAAGAAGCAGUAUCUCCUCACUGGCCAGAUUCUAGAUAAUGGCAAAGUGUUCAUCAAUAUGUGUAAUUACAUAGAGCCCUGGGACGACCUGUCCUUCUUGCAGAAGAAGAGCCUGAAUCAUCGUUAUCACAUUGAUUGCAGCUGCAAGAUCGUCACCUGCUACACAGUGCCCUGCUCCGUCUCGGCCCCCAAUGAGUGUCUCUGGACAGACUGGCUGAUUGAGCGGAAGCUCUAUGGGCACCAGGCCCAGCAUUACGCUUGUGUUAAGCGCAGCAAUGGCACCUGUGGCUGGUACCGGGCUGGCCUCCCCCCUGAGAAGGAAUUCAUUGAUGUCAGCGAGCCCUAGAGAGAAGCAUUACCACACACCCAGCCCUAGCUCCUGAGUGGCCUGGAGGCCAGAUCCAUCCACCCAUCCAUCUGUUCAUCCAUCCAUCCAUCUGUCCAUCCAUCCAUCCAUCCAUCCGUCCAUCCAUCCAUCCAUCCAUCCAUCCAUCCAUCCAUCCAUCCAUCCAUCCAUCCAUCUGUUCAUCUGUCCAUCCCUGCACAGCUUCCCACUGCUUAAUGUAGCCACCACUUAGGAAUGCUGCCAGUCUCACAGAAGAUACCAGUGUGUGUGUGUGGAACUAGUGGCUGGGUGAGAAGAGGGCUCAUGCUCCUGGCGGUCGCUGUUCUGAGAAGGCCAGUCAGGCUUGGGGCCCAGAGUUCCUUUCUGUGCUGGGAAAAGCAGGACCGUCCCAGUCAAAGGGCCACCAGCCUGUUCCCUCGGCUUUAGUUUCUUCCUGUUACUGAGCUGGUUCUGAAAAAAGAACUCCCGCGAAAUCAUGAAUCAAUCUUUCUGAUCAGGCUGGGGUUUGUUUCUGUCUCUCUCCAAAAUACAAAAUGUUGAAACGCGAACAAAAGCGCUUUCCAUAUC